AUGGAUCGCGAUUUUUUUAGUUUGGGAGGAUUAGGAAUGAACAAUGUAGUGAUUCCGGAACCCGAGCCAGAACCAUCAAGAAGUAAUAUCAAUCAGGCGGAUUUGAGAAGAGCGUUAGAGGAGGCGAAACUGAAAUCUGGCAAGCUUCUUAUCAAUGGUAUGUUGCACAAGGGGGCAUUUUUAAACUAAAUCAAAAUGCUGUAAAAAUUUUUGUAAUGUAAAUAAACAGAAAAUGAGAGUUAAAAAAAUUAAAUUCAAAAAUUUGAUCACAAUUUUUCAUUCCAGGACGCAUCGAACACGUCGACGAGCAUGAUCUUGAACAACUCGCUGAACUGGGUCACGGAAGUUGCGGUACAGUCACCAAAGAAAAAUACAAAAGUCUUGUGAUGGCAGUUAAAACGAUGCCAACAUCGUCAGAUAGUUAUUUAAUGUCUCGAAUUCUUAUGGAUAUUAAUGUGAUUUGUCAAUCUUUUGAUUGUCCAUACGUUGUCAAAUGUUACGGUUAUUUUAUCAAUGAUGUAAGUUGAUUUGAUUUGUACAUUUUUUCUUGGAAAACACACAAUUUCAGAAUCACGUUAAAGUAUGUAUGGAGGUAAUGGCGACAUGUCUCGACAGAUUGAUUCAAAGAGUCGGCCCGAUUCCUGAGCCAAUCAUUGGCAAAAUGACUGUUAGUAUUAUUAAUGCUCUUCAUUAUCUCAAAACUAGACAUGUAAGUUCGAUUGAAUAAUCAAUCAAUAUCCAGAUAGCAUUGAUAUUUCGCAAGCCAUCCAAAAAAAAAUCAAUAAAAUAAUGAAAAAUCAACAAUUUUUUGCAGAGUAUUAUGCACCGCGAUGUAAAACCAUCAAACAUUCUUCUUGACUGGAGUGGUGUUAUUAAAAUGUGCGAUUUUGGAAUUGCUGGAAGACUUGUUGCAUCGAGAGCUCUUUCGAAACAAGCCGGAUGUCCGUUGUAUAUGGCGCCAGAGAGAGUUGAUCCAAAUGUGAGUUGAGAGAUUAAAAUUUAAUUUAAUUUUACUCAGCUUUUUUUCGAAAUAGGCUUAUAGCUUUUUAACUUUGAAAAGUAUAUGAAAUUUUCGAAAAACAUUUUUUAGUCCGAACUUUAUUGAAACUAUAUUUUGCUAAAAUCAGAUCUACAUAUCCAGAAAAAUCAACCUCAAUACAUAUGUACAUAUUUUCAUUUUCAGAACUUGGAAGCCUACGGAAUCCGCAGUGAUGUUUGGUCGUUCGGUGUGACUCUCGUCGAACUUGCCACCGGUCAAUUCCCAUUUCACGGAAAAAACGAUAUGGAACGAUUGAUUGCAAUAAUGCGCGGUGAUCCGCCACGUUUGUCGGUCACCGAUGGAUUUUCGCCCGAAUUUUGCAAUCUUGUUGAGAUUUGUCUUCAACGAAAUCCAGAGAAUCGUCCAGAUUAUAAUCAAAUUUUGGUGAGUUUUUUUCUAGUAGAUUUAGUAGAUCAAAUUUGAAAAAAACGGUAGAUCAAAAUAUUCAGAAUCUUACAGCAAAAAAAAUAAUUUUUUUAGAAUCACCCAUUUUUGCAAUAUCACAUGGUCGCUGACACCAACGUCGAAGAAUGGUUUUUCAAUGUGAACAACCAAGAUUGA